AUGGCCACAGUCGCAGCGAUGAAGGCUCUCGCGGUCGCCGCCUCGCCGGUGUCGGCACAGAUAGCACAGCAGCCCCGUCGGUAUGUCGCAGGUGGCGUUAGCCGGCGGCUGCAGUCGCUGUUCCACGGCGUGUCGGUGCAGUGCCCUGGGCGAUCGCGACGGGCGACGCCCUGGCGGGGGACACAAGUGGCGGUGGUGGACACAGAGAUUCGUCCGGCGAUCCAGUUCAUCCAGGGCACGGACGAGCAGACGAUCCCGGACGUGCGGCUGACCAAGUCCCGGGACGGCACGAACGGCGUGGCCAUCUUCACGUUCGAGCAGCCGUCGGUGUUCGACUCGUCGGCGGAGCUCGGGGACAUCACGGGCUUCUACAUGAUCGACGACGAGGGCGUGCUGCAGUCCGUGGACGUGAGCGCCAAGUUCGUCAACGGCAAGCCGGCGCGGAUCGAGGCCAAGUACGUCAUGCGCACGCCCCGGGACUGGGACCGCUUCAUGCGCUUCAUGGAGCGGUACUCUCAGGCCAACGGCCUCCAGUUCGUCAAGAACUGACGAGCCGGCUUUGAGAUCGAUUGCCUGCCUGCUGCGCUACGUUCUGCUUGCUUGCUAGUGUUCUUUUUUUUUUCUUUCCUUUCUCCCCUGUGCUGCGCCCCUGGUGUUGUGAUUGUGACCUGCUGUGUGCUUGUGAGUGAUUUUUUUUUUUUGUAGAGAAAAGAAAGAAAUAUGGGAGGUUUGUUUUGCUCUGAACGUUCAUAUGCCUGGCAGGAUCGGACUAUUAAUUCUCGAUCGGACUCGGA